AAGUUAUACAAGAUUCAACUCAUUUUUUAAGUCAGUUUAAUGUAAUUUGAGUUGAACUAACUUAAACAUCCAAGCUGAUUAUUUAGGAAUUUAAGGCAGCAUUUUUUUUUUUCCUUGCAUUUUCAGUAGCCCUAAAAUGCAAGAUACACUGUAACAUUAAGGUGAAAACUGCAAAAUUACAGUUCUUGGUAGAUUUGUGAUGGAACACAAAUACAAGCUUAAACUCCCCCCAAAGAGUGUGAUGCCACAACCGUUGUAAAUGCUAAUUCAUUUCAAUAUGAUAAUCUUAGGCUUCUGAACAACGUUAGGCAUUGCAUUUCACUCAAAUUUACUGGCAACAAUUAGGGAAUGUUGCAUUUUUUGCCUCCUAAAAAUUUAUCAAGAAACAAGGCUACUUGAAGAACUAGCUAUAUCUUAUUUAGCUGAUCUCACCCUAUACAUAGUCUACGAUAAGUUUCACUUUGAAGUUCCCAGUGACCUGCACUCGCAUCUGUGUCACGUGACAGACUGUCCCAAAAUGCAUAGGACGUUUUCUGCAGCUGUUUAAUGCUAAACUGAUUUAUUGCAUAGUGAAAAAUAAGCUUAGUUUUUUCAUUAUUAUUAUUAUUAUACUUGUCGUUUAGGAACAAUGCUGAAAUAUAAAAUUGCUGCCUAUAACCAACAAAUAUAGGCUACAACUUCAAAGUUUGGAUGGUAGGCUCUGUGUGGUUACAGCGCAUUCUUUCUGAUUGCAGUUUUAGAUAUUUGAAACCACUACCCCAUUUUUUUUUUCUCUCCCUCAGUCUGUUAGUUAGGUCUGUUGCCUGGCCUACAGCCGUAUUCUUCUUGAAUGGUUUUGAAUGUUACUUAAACAAUGUGGGAGACUCUUCUUUGCAACACAAUGAGAAUUUGAUUGGUUGCCAGAACUGUAAUUAAUGACACAUCAGCUCAAAUGUCCUCAGUCACAGGAACAAAAUUAUUUUAUUCACUUUCUUUUAUUUUUAUUCACUCUCUCUCCUUUGAAACUGCAAUAUUAAGCCCAGAAUUAAUAAACAUGCCAAACAGAGAUCGCCAAGUGUUUGUUUCUGUUAUUUAUUUUGUUAAAUUACUACUAAGUAUGUGGUGGGUUUACUUGAAAACAUAAAUCCAUUCUUUAAUUAAAAAUGCUAAACGUUUUCUUUUACGGAUUGGGUUAGGAUUCAUUACAUUUACAUUAAGUAAGAAAGAAAGAAAGAAAGAAAGAUAGUAUGUCUUUAUUUAAAUGCAUUUCUCCUGAUCUCCUGUAUGAACAUCACGCGCAUUUAAGAUUUGUUCUUGUAACCUGCAACCCUAGGCGCGAGCGCUUUCUGUUGCUAAGAGCAACUUGGCUUCUCUUCUGUAAUAAAACAGUACGCAGACAGUAUCUCCUCUCAUAAAAGUUUUUCAACAUUGUACUACACGGAACUUUAGACAUUCAAGCUAUUUUAGAGCUGAGUUCGAUGAGUAAUUGAUCGAAUUUAAUCUCUUUUCUUAGUGCGUAACGCACUUUGGAAGAGGGCUUCCCAGGAGAGUUGACUUAAACAUUUCAGUCAGGAUGUCCACGGUGGCUUCUGUGCGGCUCCCGGCCAUUCAACACCCUUCAUCAAGACUUGGAGAUCCAGAUCUCAUCUCUCUCCGGGGUUUUUCCACAGACUGCGGCAGAGAACAGAGAUGCUGGAUGCCUCAAAGAGGAACCAGACCUCAGUCUCCAGGGACGGAGAGCCUGGAUUCUGCUUUUCGCAGUGAGAGCAGCAGAAGUGAUAGAAGUUCUCUGAUGGAGAAAGGAAAAAGGGGAGGAUUAGACAUUCCAGAACAAAUCCCCGAGGGAGACGAGGUCAUCCACAACCAGGAUAAAGCCAAACUACUUGCCUUCCGUCACAGGGAGGCAUCAGAGAAUCGAUCCAUUAGUAGGGUUUCUCAUUUGACAUUCUCCAGCACUGGUCCAUGGAUGACAGAUCAGCUGGAAGAUAAGCUAAAAGAGCGUAUUCAAACUACUGGAGCUCUGACACUCAAAAUCAUGUUCAAGAACAACCACCCUGAUGGCAAACCUCUGGUCAACAGAUCUGUUUUACUUGAAAUCCUCACAAAGUUCCUGAGGCAGCCUGUCACAGCUAAACAGCUGAAAGACCUUCUAUUCCGUCUGCACCUCUCUGACCAAGUGCUUAUCAGUUUUGAGGAGUUUUACGGUGCCCUGAAAGACCCAAGCACCAAUAAAAGUAACCCUGCAGGUCCUCUUACAAUUCCUCAGACACUCGCCUUGCUGAGAGGACCUGCACGCAACAGGUUUCUGGAUUGUGUAGAGGUUUUGUGCAAGUCAGACAAUUUUACUGAAAGCUGGAUUUCUGCCCCAGAGUUCAGAAAUAUUCUCAAUAAGCUCAAACUUCACUUGAAAGAUCCUGAUUUUGAAAAAUUAUGGAAAAGGCUAGAUGUGGAUGGACUUGGAGCAGUUAAACGGACUGUUUUUCUGAAGAAAUUGGGAUUGAGCAGAAGGAUUGAACCAAACAAUGAGAAAAACUAUCAGCCUUCCAUUAAUGCUAAAGCUGAGGAGACAAAAGCUCCUGCUAGGACACUCUCUAAGGCAGAAGAGGAGCGUCACACAUCUAUCGCCAUAGAAACAUGGCUGAAGGAUAGAUUCAGGGAAGGAGUUCAGAAGAUGAAAACAGAGUUUGAUCAACUUGAUCCCGAGAGCUUCGGGAAGGUGAGGGGUGCAGACUUUCUGCAGGUGUUAGGGAAGUUCGGCCUGCAUCUGAAGAGAGAGCACCUGGGUCUGUUUCUAUCUCGGUGUGGUCUGAAGCUUAAAAAGGGCUGCGUGCAGUACUUGAACUUCCUGCGCACCUUUCAGGACAGAAGUUCAGAUGGCAUAACUCACAAGAUCAUCUCCAACCCAAAACACCGGUUUCAUUCUGAUGAGAACCUCAGUUGUGCUUCCACUUUAAGUGCCAUAGAGGCCAAAUUAACUCGCCUGUUUCAGUCAGAAUACCUCUCCCUCCUCCAGACCUUUCAGAAUAUUGACAAGCUUAACAGAGGGAUUGUUAGUAAAGAAGAGUUUAGAGCUGCUAUUGAGAGCAGGUUUGGCCUGGAGAUUUCCGACCCUCAGUUUGAGCAGCUGUUGGACAGGCUCCCUCUUGACCACCACGGAAAUGUGCAGUACCCAAUCUUCAUGGCAGCCUUUGACACCAGGAAAGGAGUUCCUAGCCUCUUCCAGGCAGACGCCCAGCCUGCCUUAAACCAUGAUUCAGGCGAGGAGAAGUGUUCAGAAGAGGAUCGGAGUGACCUUGAGCUGUUUAGUCUGGUGAAGAGUGUGGUGGCAAAUCGUUACAGGGAUGUUCUGCGAGAGUUUGAAGAGCUGGAUGAGAAAAACACCAAACGUCUCACUCAGGAGGACAUGUACCAGUUACUUAAAAGGUUAGCGUUCCAUCCUGAGGUAACUCGUGGAGAAGUCCGGAGGUUGUGGUCCUCUUUGCUCACCCAGCAGGAUGGAACCGUGGACUUUCAACAGUUUAUACGGCAUUUUGGCCCAUCGCCCAAAUCCUGCUGUUACCCCAAUGCCAAGCACAAUCCCCCCAAACGUGGAGACAAUGACUUCAUGCGCCUCUCUAACAGACUCAACUGCGUCUCAGAUAUACUAGUGGAUGCCUUACGGGCCAAGGUGGAGUUGUCUGUUUCUGAGCUCUGGACUGAGUUCUCCGAAAUGGAUUUUUCUGGAACAGGUUUUGUUAGCAGUGAUGAAUUUAAAGAGAUUCUUAUGAAUCUCUGUGUUCAUCUCAGCCAGUAUGAGUGUGAUUUACUGGCCAGGAAGUUUGACAUCAACAAUGAUGGCAGUGUAUCCUACACAGAAUUCCUUAGGCCCUUUCUAUCCCAGGUUCAAAUAAGGAAGCAUGGGUCCCAUAUGGCAGCUGCUCUGCAGACUCCCAGAGAAACUAAAGAAACUGCUACUCCGGAAACAUUAAGUCGCAGGAUCAGGAAAAAGCUCCAACGUAAGGCCAGGGCUCUUAAAAAGGCCUGUGCCCGGCUGGAUGGCUCCAGCACUGGGCUUCUGUCUGCAGCUGAGCUGGGCGCAGUGUUACAGCUGUGUGGAGUGUGUCAGAGCCAGGAAGAGCUGAAAAGUGUGUUCUCUACUCUUCACACCCACUCCUCUGGUCGCCUGGAUUACCGCCCACUCCUAAUGGACAAACACAGGACAUCCAGUCACAACCAGCAAAUCAAACACCAGCUCAGCCAAAGGAGUCAAUAGGUCAGAGGUUUAAAACAAAUGAUGGCUACAUUGGCUUAGUAAAUUUGUAAGUUGGAGCUGUCAUCACUUCUUCAAAUAGAGAGAUGCAAGUUAAUGUUUAUAACUAAUUAUAUUUAACCCUAUUGGCUACAUGCAGUUGGGCACAAUCGAAGAUACAAUCAUGAUGCAAACAUUAUUGUUUUUCUUUAUAUUAGAUUUAGUUAGAUUGCAUGAAUUGUAUUUCAAAGUAUAGUCAUCUGAUUUUAAUGUAAAUUGAUUAACUCAAAUUGAAUUGAGUUAUUACAUUGUAAUAACUCUAAACUGAAUUUGCAUUCAUUCUUAUAUUUUAAAUGCUUUUAAGUUGACAUACUAUUGCAUUUCUCCAUUGUGACAUGCUAUACUCUAUCUAAAACUUAUUUUAAACAUCAUUUUGCUAUUUUUUAGGAUUGUUUUUUCAUAUUAUUUGUACUAUACAAAUUAAUUUG